AUGAUAACAACGGCAACAGUGCCAACAUCGACAAUGACAACAGCUGUCGAUGUCGCUCCUAAUUUGGUAAUUAGCGAGGAGGGAAGUACCACUAUGGAACGGAAUCUACCGGAACAGCACAACGAACAGUUCCGGUUUGUUGAUGAAAAUGAUGAGGAGGAAGUACAGCCAACAGUACCAGACUGGACCGAAGUUGUUCAGAUGUCUAACAAAGCAGCAGUUAUUGAUACCAAUGGAUAUGGCAAACUGGAUGAUCAAAGUUCGAAGAAAUCUGUAAAAGUGAUAGCAUCAUCAGAAGCACCCGCAUUUGAUUUUACAAAAAUUGAAACUUUAUUUUCGAAUUCGACGACAACUUCCAGUAGCGAUAGGCCUGAAUGCGAGGAGACAGGUGGAAAAGACGAUAGCACGGAUGAAGUUAAAGUAGCAAGUGAAGAGCUUUUUCUAACAGUGAUAAUUACAAUUACCAAUCAGUUAGAUGCCAGCGAUAUUGAUACGCUAUCAGUACUUUAUCGUAAUGUACAGAUAUCCUUGAAGGACGUGUAUUCAAAUGGUACUGUGCGCGACAAAAAAAUUGAUGAAGAAUUAACGAAAUGCUUAAAUCAAAAUACUGAUAAAGAGAAAAAACCAAAAAUUAAGGAAAAAGAUAUUCUUCCACGUGAACGCUCAGCAAAUCCGUCAUUCAAGCGAUCACUUACGCCGUCGCUCGAUCCAAAACUGUUAAGACAGUUUGAGGAAGAAGAUCGUCCGAAACGUGUACUACGUUCGUCUACUAUCGCAGCAAGCAUACCAAAGAUUGCAAUUACUAAUGAUACUGUUAUUAAUGAUAAUUCUACCAAGGUUAUCAAUCACGAUUUUACGGUAAAAAUGGCUGCUACGAAAUCAACUAACAGGAAAGCAGUUCUGAAAAAAUCAAAACGGAAAAAGUCAGGAAAGUUUCCGACCAAUUUUACAAAUAAUAAUACAUUUUCGGUGGGAAGUAUUUACUGUCCCACACAGUCGAAUGGAGGAAUGAAGCGGAAACGAUCACAAUCCAAGGAUGAUAAUAAAGAAACAAAAUUACGCAGUAAACGUUUAAAGGCUGAAAUAAAUGGAUUACUGAAUAAUGAAUUGAUGGUGACACUGGAAGAUCUGAGAAAUACCUCGGUACGACCGCGUCGUUGGUCAGGAGCCGGUAGUAGCCGAGCCAGUACUUCCAGUGGAUCGAAUGGAUUUACAGUUAUAACAAAAAUGGGAAAAAGACGUGGUUCAUCACGAAUUAGAAAGAAUAACUUCAAUUCGAAUUGGAAAUUAAUAGGAUCUCCUUAUGAAAGCUCCGUUUACGUUGACUAUUUUUUCCAUGAAAAGCAAUCGACCACACGAAUAUGCUAUCCACAAGCUAUACAUUCCAAGACCGGUGAUCUUCUGAGACUUCGUGAUUCCGUACUUGUAAAUGCCAUUGGUGGUGAACCAAAUUUUGCAUGCAUUUGUCGCCUGUUCAGUGAUCAAGAAACAGGAGCGCCUUUGGCAUCAGUACUGUGGUAUUACACCCCAACGCAAGUGAAAAGUUCAUUAGUACCACCGGUAUUCGAGCGUGAAUUGCUUGCUUCAAAACAUAUGGAUGUCAUAGCGCUUGAUGCAGUGGAUGAAAUCAUAUGGGUGUUAACGUAUAAUGAAUAUGGCCGAUUUAUGGCUGAAACAAGAAAUGACACAUAUCCACUAUCGCAACGUGUAAGUGAAGAAGACUUACUGUGGAAGAAAGGUGAAGAUGAUUAUCCACGACGGAUGUAUCUUCCACGCGAUGAUACACCACUUGAACUGGUAUACUUUUGUCGCCGCAUUUAUGACUGCAAACAGCAAAAAGUUGAAACGAAGAAAUUGAUGGGAAGAAGAAAUCAAAUGAAACGUUCUCGUCGCCAUUCGUGGAAAUAUCGAACAAAAAAGCAUCGCUGA